AUGCGAGCAAUAACAUCUCGAUGGUCCGCCUUCAGCAAGGAUGAUCCUCCUUUCACCUACCAUCGACAGCUUGGCCAAGCAGCGGAACAUAUACGACAUCUUCAUGGCACUGUUGCUCGCCAAGCAGCUGUUUCGGGAAGCGUCCCGAUCUUGUUUCUUGCAAACGCAUCCAAAACCUGA